AUGGUGGCACCAGUGAGAGUGGCACCAGUGACAGGAACCAGUGACGGUGGCACCAGUGAGAAACCAGUGAGAGUGUCACCAGUGAGAGGGCACCAUGAGGAUGGCACCAGUGAUAGUGGCACCAGUGAGGGUGGGUACCCAGUGAGUGUGGCACCAGUGAGUGGGUACAGUGAGGGUGGCACCAGUGAGAGUGGCACCAGUGAGUGUGGCACCAGUGAGGGUGGUGGCACCAGUGAGUGUGGCACCAUGGAGGGUGGCACCAGUGAAAGUGGCACCAGUGAUAGUGGCAUCAGUGAGAGUGGCACCAGUGAUAGUGGCACCAGUGAGGUGGCACCAGUGAGAGUGGCACCAGAGAGUGGCACCAGUGAUAGUGGCACCAGUGAGAGUGGCACAGAUGGCACCAGUGAAUGGCUCAUUGAGGGUGGGACCAGUGAAAGUGGCACCAGUGAGACUGGCACCAGUGAGAGUGUGUCACCAGUGAUGGUGGCACCAGGGUGUGGCACUUUUGAUGGUGGCAUCACUGAAGCUGGCACUAGUGAGAGUGGCACCAGUGAUAGUGGCAUCAGUGAGAGUGGCACCAGUGAUAGUGGUGCAUCAGUGAGAGUGGCACAGUGA